AUGGGUGAAGCUGACCAUUUGGCCCUUCAGGUGAAUGAACGCUGUGGUGGGGGGAAAGUGCGGCUGGCAUCGUCGCGGGAGUGCAUUUCCCCGUCUGCACACCAGUGUAACCUCACCUGUGGCCCCCAAGGGGGACAUCUCAGUGUGGAGCUGGGCAUCUGUCACUGUGAGCGCUAUGUUGCCGUGGAGGAGCUUUGUAAUGCUUCCUGUCUGUCAUCGCUCCCGCUCAUCUCUGCCAGGAUGGCCCCGGACGGGCAGCUGCUGCUGAAGGUCAAAGGUCAGGAGCAGAGCAGUGUGUGGAGCAGGGAAGUGGUAGACAUUUUGGGUCCUGACGUCCAUGUUAAGACCAUUGGAAAUGUCCACUUUGUCCAGUUUUCCCCUGAUGGGGUGUUCGGAUGGAUCCUCACCAACCAAACGCUUAUUGACACAUUUAUUUCAGCUGAGCCGAAAACACAGCAGGAGAGGGAGUCCAGGAGAAGAACGGAUUCCAAUAAUUCCCGGGAUUUCUCAAACUCUCCCCCUGUACCACGCAUUCCCAACCCCAUUGCCUGCCUGGCAGCCAAUGACAUGCUCCUGAUUCAGCUCAGCAUCAACUACACCGACCGCCAUCUCAGCCACUUUCCAGUGUACCAGAAAGAUCAUCUCUUCAGCAGCAACCCCAGCUGGGACUUUGGUGCAUUCCGCAAGCUGGAGCAGCUCAUAAAGCACAGCCAGUAUAACUCCUCCAGGUUUGCGCACGUGUUUACAGAGUCGGGGAAGUACGUGUUCCUGGACAAUGCCGUGUCGGACUGGAGCCUGAUGGUGGUGGUGAGUGAACGAGGCACAGAGUGCCAUCCUGCGGGCUCUGUGUUCCAGCCCUCUUCCCCCGCACAGCUGGUGAGACACGGCAUCGUCCAGCAGCCCCGACUCAACCUGCAGCCCAACUGGGGCCUCAUCACAGGGGUUCUGGGUCUCCUGGUGCUGCUGAUUGUAGUUCUAAUCAUCACAGCUCUGGUUCUGAAGCCCAACCGAGUCGGACUCAUCACUCAGAGGAGACCCAAGCCCAAAUGGAGAAGCCUUGGGGAGCCAAGUAUCCCUCCUGGAUACGUCUAUGCUGGCGGCAGUGUGGAUGUUUGUGAUGUCUUGGGACACAGGGGUGUGGGAGAGGGAGCAGAGGCUGAGGAGCCAGCUGUCUGCAGGGGGUAUAAGAACGGAAGAGUGGAGCUAGAGGAGUUCAAUGUCAAAACUCUUUAUGACAAACUGGAAGACCAGACCCUUCACUUAGUCUCCCAACUGGCAAAGCAUCGCAAGGAUAACUUGGAGUUCUACCGCAAUAUCUGUCAGCAGACAGAUUCUCUGAAGGACUUUCUGGAGAACAUGGAUGUGACCAAAUUGAGCCAGCUGAAGGAGCUCCUCUCCCUGAAACCAGGAGAGAAGGAGGCGGCUAAAGACCGCUCCGUGACCCUGCUGGAGGCCACCCUCAAAGCGGUGGAGGGGCUGAUGUACAGAGCGGAGGGAGAGAGCUGGGCUCGGCAGGAUGUGGCUGCAGGGGCCUGCCCAGGAGAUGUGGGGGACUGUGGGGUACACACAGGGUAUAUACAUGGUUUCCCUGACUCUACGCAGUUCUCCUCUCCUGACAUGGCCAAACCAAAAACCCUCCAGGUAACAGCCCCUCACAGCUCAGUGAACCAACAGAGCACAGCGGGCUGUCUGAGUGAACAGGACCUCUCCAAGCUCAUGGCCCUCACACCACUUUCCAAAACUCUGCAGGAGAUCCAGCAGUCUCUCCAGAGCUUGCCAUCUGCAGAGGAGGCUGUUUUCCAUGAGUCUGAGAAGGAACCAGUAGGGCAGCUAGUUCCCGUUGCCCUGGGCAACCUGUCUCCACAUCACUUUGCCGUGUUCCUGUUCGGCUGCCGCAUCGUGACCCUGCUGUGUAGUGUCCACGGCUUCCCCCCGCUCACGCUGCUCCUGGCUCAGACAGUUCCGGUCUCGCGCAUCGCUGGCCUGGCAGAGCACUGCCACAGGGACUUUUAUUACGACACCACCAACUGUAUCCUCUACCUCCUUCAAGAUAAGCUGGGGAACGCUGGAGAAUUCAUUGCUACGCUUCUCCAUUCUAUGGCCUUCAUUGCUUCAGGUGCAACAACGAAAGACUUCAUCCAGACUCUCCACCAUGCGGUCUCUGCUCUAAGCUUGGCCCUGUUCCACUCAUCCUUCACCAGCAGAAUAAACAAGACAGGGGAGAUUAAAGAAGAAUUGACUGGUGCAUUAGCUGAAGAAUUCCUCAGUGUCAAAGUUCCGACUAUAACAGGCUUCUCAGAACAUCAGCUUGCAGACAGACUUCGGAAAUUCAAGUUCUUCAAGUUACAGCAGUAUCUCCAAGACAGAAAGUCAAAUCAAUCACAGGGGAAAGUGGCAGAGCCUGGAUCUGAGACUGCAGUAAAGGUUGUCAGUGUGGAGCAGGAAAUUGACCGUUUGAAUGAAGUUUUCCUGCAGCUGAGUGUGGGGCUCCAGGGCAGGGCAGAGAAGAGGGCAGAGCAUGGCUUCAGCAGCCCUACACAGGGAACUGUGGAAUCCUGCCUCAGUCGUCAUGGAACUCUUCUCCUGGAUCUGAAGAGGCGAUGCGUGGCCCAGAGGCUCAGUGAGAUGCAGACGCAACUGCCCCAGCUCAGCAUGCAGCAGCCAGGCAGUCAGGAACCAGGCAGUCAGGGACCAGAGAGCCAAAAGUUGGACAACCAGGAAGCAGUUGGGCAGGGACCAGAAAACCAGAAACCAGGCAACCAGGAAGCAGUUGGUCAGAGACCAGACAACCAGAAACCAGACAACCAGGAAGCAGUUGGUCAGGGACCAGACAACCAGAAACCAGACAACCAGGAAGCAGUUGGUCAGGGACCAGACAACCAGAAACCAGACAACCAGGGACCGGCAAGCCAAAAAUCAGACAACCAGAAACCAGACCACCAGAGACCAGAGAAUGAGCUUGCAGAAGUUCAGAAACAGGACAGCCAUAACCUAGAGACUCAAUUAACAGAGAAUAUUCAGACACCAUUCAGAACGGAUCUAGAUGAGCAAAAGCCACCUGUUCAGACAUUUCACAGCCAGAAAUCAGAGGACCAUAAGCCAGAAAUUCUGGGACCAAACAGACAGACAUCAGAGGGUCUUAUUACUGAGGAAGGUGGUUUGCCAGCUGUAUUCUAGCACAAAUGUGUGUACCUUUUCCUGUAUACCAUUCAUUUGAGUCUCUUAACUACACAUCCAAUAUUUAUGUUUUUCUC